AUGAAGGGUGUCAGAGAGUGUCGCCUGGAGGCCCCGCCGCUGCGCCCGUUGUCCAGAGCAAAGCUCAUACCGUGGGCUGACGGGGGACCUUGCAAUAUGACCUGGUCCAAGUGGUGGAAGGCCGUCAAAGUCAACAUGAGCACAGACUGCAAAUGUCACGGCGUGUCCGGCUCAUGUACAGUGAAGACAUGCUGGACCACGUUGCCCCCUUUCCGCCGUAUUGGCGACGCACUGCGCAAACGCUACCGGAAAUCAAAAUUCGUGGUGCCCUAUCUUGGGGGCCGCUCUCGGCGCCCGAUCUCCCUCGUCCUCAAACGCUCCAAACGUCCUCACCGCAAGCCGCGGAGGAGCCACCUCAUCUACGUGGAGAAGUCGCCCAACUACUGUGAUUACGACGAGGCCACGGGCUCUCUGGGGACUGUGGGACGCUCCUGUAACCGCACGUCGCAGGGACCUGACGGUUGCGACCUCAUGUGUUGUGGCAGGGGCUACAACACGCACCAGUACACGCGCGUGUGGCAGUGCUCCUGCAAGUUCCACUGGUGCUGUUACGUGGAGUGUUUACGAUGUAGCGAAAGGACCGAGCAGUAUACGUGUAAAUAAUAAUAUUAAUAUCCCAGGAGGAGAAGGAGGUGGAGAAGGGUUUCGAAGAAGAAUUCGAGAUGAAUCUUAUAAUGGUGGUACCUGCUUCAGGUCACACGCAGCUUUGGAGGCGGGCUGAAAGUGUAUGGACGUUAGCUGUCGGAGACCUUUGAAGCAGGCAUUUCAGACUGUAUUUAAAGCUGAUGGACGACCACAUAGUAAAGAACGUGGAAAACGUUUUAAGCAAUGUUGGAGCACUGCGUGUGUCCUGACAACCAAACGACUAAACGACAAAGUCUGCUUCCGUUAUGGUGUAAGGGGCACAACUCUCUCUCUCACACACAC